GAGGGAGUGCUGGGUGGGGCCUCUGGGCCUGUGUACACAACCACACGUACUAACCGAGAGUAGAUGUGUCACUGAGUAGAAACCGACUAUAGUGAUUCUUCAUCUCCCUGGGAAAAGCAGCUGUGAGGCAGAUAAGAUGGCCUGGUGGAAAGCCUGGAUUGAACAGGAGGGCAUCACUGUGAAAGGUAGUUCUCAUUUCAACCCAGACCCUGAUGCAGAGACCCUCUACAAAGCCAUGAAGGGGAUUGGAACCAACGAGCAGGCCAUCAUAGAUGUGCUCACCAAGAGAAGCAAUGCUCAGAGGCAACAGAUUGCCAAGUCCUUCAAGGCUCAAUUUGGAAAGGAUCUCACUGAGACCUUAAAGUCAGAGCUGAGUGGCAAAUUUGAGAGACUCAUCGUGGCCCUCAUGUACCCGCCAUACAGAUAUGAGGCCAAGGAGCUGCACGAUGCCAUGAAGGGCUUAGGAACCAAAGAAGGGGUCAUCAUUGAGAUUCUGGCUUCUCGGACCAAGAACCAGCUGAGAGAGAUAAUGAAGGCAUAUGAGGAAGACUACGGGUCUAACCUGGAAGAGGACAUCCAAGCAGACACAAGUGGCUAUCUGGAGCGGAUUCUGGUGUGCCUCCUGCAGGGCAGCAGAGAUGACAUGAGUGGUUUUGUGGAUCCAGGACUGGCCCUCCAAGAUGCACAGGAUCUGUAUGCGGCAGGAGAGAAGAUUCAUGGGACUGAUGAGAUGAAAUUCAUCACCAUCCUGUGUACACGCAGUGCCACUCACCUGAUGAGAGUGUUCGAGGAAUAUGAAAAAAUUGCCAACAAGAGCAUUGAGGAUAGCAUCAAGAGUGAGACGCAUGGCUCACUGGAGGAGGCCAUGCUCACUGUGGUGAAAUGCACCCGGAACAUCCACAGCUACUUCGCAGAAAGACUCUACUAUGCCAUGAAGGGAGCUGGGACUCGUGAUGGGACCCUGAUAAGGAACAUUGUUUCAAGGAGUGAGAUUGACUUAAAUCUCAUCAAGUGUCAGUUUAAGAAGAUGUACGGCAAGACUCUCAGCAGCAUGAUCAUGGGAGACACCAGUGGUGACUACAAGAAUGCCCUGCUGAACCUUGUGGGCAAUGACCCAUGAGGACGGCGAAGAAAUCAAGGGCAGGAAGUGUGAGCGCAGGCCCUGCCGCUUCAGCCCUGACCACGGGUGGGGUGGGGGUAGGGGAACAGCUCACCUGGCUAAAGUCUUCUGUCUCCCAGUUCCUGGUGCUUCUCGCCCAAUGCUUCUGACCCAGAUGGUGAGACCAGCCUGGGAUUCUCUUUCCACCCCCCUCCCCUGAGUCAUUUCUGGAUCCGCGGGCAACACCCACCCUAGCAUUACCUCUGACCAACGUCAGCAUGGAGGAGCUUGCAGGAGCUUGUGGGUCUUCCCUUCCUCCCACAAAAGCUCCUGGGCACAGAUUACACAGAUGCCUUGGCUCUGACCUGUCUACUGACUCAGGGUCUCUGGAGGAGGAGCCAAGGAACGUGGAUUUCCAGCAGGUGUCUUCGCGGAUAAGCGUUAUUAGCAGGCAACCAGUGAGAGUGUGGGAGAGCGCCGCCAUCAGAAAACACAGGCAUGGGAACUGAGAAAAAGGCACAAACCUUCACCACUUAGGAUGUCUCUAACACUUGUUUACCAGAAAUUGUUAGGCUGCAGGUGGAGGAAAAUUCUGACGCUAUCCUAUUAACAAUGAUUAGAUCCGAUUACAAAUCACUGUCCUCAGCCAAGUACACACUGGCCUGAGA